AUGGAAAGCAACGCUCCCAAGGUUUUCUGUGAUCAACUCCCUGUUGAACUCGUCUUUGAUAUCCUCCUACGGCUCCCAAUCCAGUCCCUUUUGACACUCAUGUGCGUGUCGAAAGCUUGGAAAUCUUUAAUCUCAAGCCCGGAAUUCAUCAAAAACCAUCGCAAAACAUCAUCCAACGCCUACGAUACUGCUCAGCAGAAGCUAAUUUUCUCUGUUUCCUGUCCCCCAGUCUUUGAUUGCCUCACAGAAUGUAGUCUUUACUCUGUGAUGUAUUCACCAACGGCUGAGGCAACUAACAUGAUAACUGAUCCAAUCUUUGCAUCAUCCGUGACUCAAGCUACAAAUAUUCAACAUUCAGCACAAAAAUCAAUUGAAAUUGUGGGCUCGUGUAACGGGUUGGUUUGCAUUGCUAUCAGGGAGUUGACCCGGGGCUGGACUUUCCUCAAUUCUACCAAUGACAUGUGUUUAUUUUUGUGGAAUCCAUCGAUCAGGAAAUACAGGAGGCUACCCCAUUGGGGAUUUGACUUCGAGGAAUAUUCUGGUGUUGUAACAUAUGGGUUCGGGUAUGAUGGGUUGCAUGACGAUUACAAAGUUUUCACACUUUUAUCUAAUAACUUGCGAAAGAAUAUGAGAAGAAAAGCUGUUGGAAUUUACAAUACUCGUGGCGGCCAUUUUGUAAAUGGGAAGCUUUAUUGGGCUGCAAUCUCUAACGGGUCUGGAGACGAUCGUCUUGCAAAUAAAAUUGUUAGUUUUGAUUUGGUUGAUGAGACUUAUGGAGAUAUUCAACUGCCAGAAAAUCAUAUGGGGAAGGUGAGUUUUUGGGGAUGGAAUAUAGGAGUUUUGAGGGAAGUGUGUCUUGGCCUGCUUUGGCUUCAUGAUGACUUGAAGCAUCUGGAAGUGGAUAUCUGGAUUUUGACUGAGUGUGGCAUUAGACAAUCUUGGACAAAAAUGUUUUUGAUUCGCUAUCCUGAAGAUCCUGGACGUGGAUUUCGAUUCGACAUUCGUUUCCAACCUGUGUUCUUACUAAAUGGGAGUGAAUUAUUGCUAAAGCUCGGAUCGAGGUUAGUGCUUUAUAAUCCAGAAGAUGGUUCAUACAAGGAUCUUGACAUCAAUUAUAAUUUGCCAGAUGCAGAGGGUGAUCUUAGGGUGGACAUGUAUGAUGAAAGUUUAGUUUUGCUUGAUGGCCAUGAUGGAUAA